AGGAUGUGCCAAUUACUCGGAUUCAGUUUUCAUGCAACCCGAUCAAAAAGUUUGGUGAUGGGUGAACAGAUUGGGCCUCCCUCCAGAUCUACUUCUCCAAACCCUCAAGAACGUGUGCUGAAGUGUGGCUGGCUGAAGAAACAAAGGAGCAUUAUGAAGAACUGGCAGCAGCGGUGGUUUGUGCUGCGUGGGGACCAGCUCUUCUAUUAUAAGGAUGAAGAGGAAACUAAACCUCAGGGUUUGAUACUACUGCAAGGCAAUCAGGUGAAUGAGCUGCCACCUAAUCCUGAUGAACCAGGGAAACAUCUUUUUGAAAUUGCCCCAGGUGGUGCGGGGGACCGGGAAAAGAUGCCUGUCAAUCAUGAGGCUUUCCUGCUCAUGGCUAAUUCCCAGAAUGAAAUGGAAGAUUGGGUGAAAGCCAUCCGACGGGUUAUAUGGGCUCCAUUUGGUGGAGGUAUUGCAAAUAGCUCACAUGCACAUAAAUUAAAACAUUUGCCUCAAGGGAUCUUUGGACAGCGACUGGAGGACACUGUACAGUAUGAAAGGAAGUAUGGCCAGCGCUUGGCCCCACUGCUGGUGGAACAGUGUGUGGAUUUUAUUCGGGAGCGAGGCCUUACAGAGGAGGGGCUCUUUCGGAUGCCUGGCCAAGCCAACCUUGUCAAGGAUCUACAGGAUUCUUUUGACUGUGGAGAGAAGCCCCUUUUUGAUAGCAACACGGAUGUUCACACUGUGGCGUCCCUCCUGAAGCUUUACCUUCGAGAGCUGCCAGAGCCUGUCAUCCCCUUUGCCAAAUAUGAAGACUUUCUUUCUUGUGGACAGCUACUCUCAAAAGAUGAGGGAGAGGGUACUCAGGAACUGGUUAAACAGGUGAAGAAUUUGCCCCAGGCCAACUACAACCUCCUCAAAUACAUAUGCAAGUUCCUUGAUGAAGUUCAGGCUCACUCCAGCAUUAACAAGAUGAGUGUCCAGAACUUGGCUACAGUAUUUGGACCAAAUAUACUGCGGCCCAAAAUGGAAGAUCCAGUGACUAUGAUGGAAGGCACCUCACUAGUUCAGCACCUGAUGACAGUGCUGAUAAGUGAACAGGGGCGAAUAUUUGCUGUUCCUCAGGCAGAUGUGCCAGGGAGCCAGCUGGAAAUCAGACCUGUGCGUCAGCGCAGUACUGUGGAGUGGAUCUCUGAGGAGGACGGGGAGGACAGCAGGUCGGAGAACAGUGUUCCCAGCCCCGCUGAUUUGCCUUCUAGCAAUGCCGUGGCACCAGAGGCCGCUCCUGGACCUGCAGUGAAAAACACUCCAGAGCACAGUUGCAAAUUGACUCAAUCUGCCACCAGCCCCAGUAAAAGAGUGCAGACACUGCCUCCGUGGAAAUACUCCUUCCGCCAGCAGGGAGCACGGUCUGUGAGUCCAAAACUGGGCAGCUCGUCCUUAGAUAUCCCCAACCUCUCCUCCAGUGGGAACUGGUUGAUGAAUGGACUGUACUCCCUCCGAGGCCAUCGCCGCACAGCCUCUGGGGAACGAGUUAAAGACUCGUGUUCUUCCCAGAGACUCUCUACUUACGACAACGUCCCUUCGCCCAGCCUUUCCCUUAGCACACACAGUAUGGCCAGCACCACAUGGUCUACAUCAUCAUGUGAAAUCUCUGUGAUGGACUCAGUCAGCAGCUGCCCAGCCUGCCGGGCCAGUGACUCUUCUGCUUUAAGCUCUCUCAAAUCUGAGUGGAUAACUCAGGGCUCACCAUCUCAGAGUGAGGUCAAGACUGUAGAUCUGGAGAACAGCAUCGACAGGCUUGAAGCAUGCAGCAGCAGCAGCCUACAGAGCAACCCGGCUGCAGCUUCCAGAGACUCUGUCAAAUGCUCUAGGGCCCUACAGAGCUUGGUGGUGGAGCUAAAGACAGAACUGAGCAAACAGAGGACUGAGUAUGAGACUAGUAUCAAAAGAAUUGAAGAAACAAGUGCAGACCUGAGGAAACAAGUGGUUAGGUUAGAAGAAGAACUGGACCAAGAACGAAAGAAAUACACAAUGCUGGAGAUAAAGCUGAGGAAUUCUGAACGUGCCCGUGAAGAUGCCGAGAAGAGAAAUCACCUCCUGCAGAAGGAAAUGGAAGAGUUUUUUUCAACACUAGGAUGUUUAACUGCUGGGAGUCAAAGUGCUAAAGUUCCCAAGUAGAACAAGAUGAUGUACAGCACAGAAAAUUUUAUUUCUGGCAAAACCAGUGAGAAUGCACAUUUUGUUCUGGUGUACUCAUGUAUCAUGAGUAACACUACAGUGAUCAUGCUCUCAGUGACACUUAACUCUUAUUGUCUUUACGUGUGCUGUAGUAUUUGGGCCAGCUGGGAAAGACUGCUAAACAUAAUGCUUGAAAGUUUAAAUGUCAGAUUGCCAAGAAAGAGUGGGCACCCUUCUUAUCCACCAAUCAAAAGAUACUACUCGGCAGUGCAGCCAUCUUCAGUCUUACUGCACUAUCCUUUUGCUGGAUCCAGGACAGUGGAAGGUCCUGCAAGGUGGGUGGAACUAUCAGAACCGAUGGACAGGCUAAGCCUGGAGCUGAGGGCCUCCUACACUUGCACGUGGGAAGAUGGCAGUUCCAGUAUGUCACCCACAUUCAAUGUGGUUUAGCAUGUGAAUUUAAUGGUGUUUUUUCUCCCCACUCCCUACAUAAAAUUUGUUCAAAUUUCUCAUUCACACAAAAAAGUGGCAUUUUUUUUUGUGAAGAUAACAUGAAAACAAAGUCUGAGCUGAAGAUACCAAAAUCUUGACAAUUCAUUAGUAUUGUCCCUUACCCACCAAACAGUUUCUGUGUUUAACAAAAAUGCAACUUGUUAAAGUAUAUGUGAUUAAUAAUGACUUUGGCCACAUAAACUCUAUGGAACUUCUAAAUAUGCACAUUUUGCCCUAGGUAUCUGGGGUUUUUUGAGCCAAAAAUAGAGCAGUAUUAUCUGAAAAAAAAAAAAUCUAAUGAGUUGAUAUGUACUGAUCAGACAUCAAGGUAGGAGAAGAUUCUUAACAUCAAAACACAUCCAACUACCUAGGGGUUUUUAUCUAUAAAACUUUAAUAGCAAAACCUAUGGUAAAAGAAAUUAGUGCAAUUGAGGGGGCAGGGAGUAAAGGGGGAAGUGUGGGGAUCUAACUUUAACCUUCCUGGGACAAUUUACACCUAGCUGCCUUGUAAUAUUUCUCUUGACACCAGUUGAUAUUUUAGUUGUUAGCUCACAAAGAGAUGACAGGACUGGAGGAGUAUUGCAAACAACCCAGCAGCCUAAAUUCAUUGUUUCUACUAAAGAAAAAUCAUUAAACUUCAGUUGUGAUUUCCAGUAACCAGCUGCCAGGGCUGACUUCCCCUUCAAGGGACUUCUCAAAGUUCUGUGUAACAUUUGUUGUGCCCUGAGCCAAGCAGAGCCUGCACACAGAAAAUCAUUUUACCAGAUUGAGCUUGAACUCUGCUUGCCAGCCCACCACUCACAGCAGUGUUCACUCCUUCUCGACAUGUAUCUUUGACAGCUGAGGCAGCUUGGGAGCCUCAGAGGUAGAAAGAUUUUUAAUGGGAAAGUGCCAUAACAUGAACUGGCUAAAGGGAAAGUAUAGACUGUAAUGAAGGUGCUUGCUUUAUUUAAGUAUUUUCAAAAAAAUGACCUGAAUCUGUCUUUUCUUACUAGAGAAGAAUAUAACUCAUUGGAAGGAACCUUAGAAUGGGCUUUUUUAUGUACCAUCAGACUGUACACCCUUCGGUAUUGAUUUUCUCAUCACCUUGCAGAUAUCCAGGUAUUUCAACAUAUAAACAUAUAGAACUGUACUUAACACUUCUUCCUACUGAAAUGUAAACCAUUUAAAAUGAGCAAAAAGAAACAUUUUAACGUAAUCCUUCCUGGUUAAGACAAGUCAAGCAAGGUGCUAAAGUAAGCCGUGUAGAUGGGUCAAUUCAGUUUUUAAAACAUUUUCCCUUCUUCCCAGAAUAUCUAGCUGCGCUGGAUUUCUUGCUACCCCUGGUGCACGAGCAGGGUGCAGGCAGCCGGGUGUUCAGCAGGAGCAGCCUGCCACCCGCAGGCAGCAACAGCACCCUGAUCCUUUUUCUACCUCCACCCCACCUUCUAUUAUUACUGAUAGCUGCGACCGAUCCUGCUAGGAAUGUGAUGGCCUGUUUAAAACAGCAGCAUUAGAGAUGCAUAAUGUGAGAAGCAACUGUUUUAACAAUGAUUCUGAGCUGGCACAGCAUAGUGGAUUAGUGUUAAGUACCAUGCCAGUCAUCACAAACCUUGAUAUUAGAGAGUGGCCUGAACUGGGUUAUAAGUAAUUCUUUGCAAUUAAAAACAUCAGGACUAGUAAAGUUUCUACCGAGACAUUAAAUCCAAGUAGUAGUAGCAACCAGGUUAUUUUAAUGCCCUCUUUUAUCCCUACCCCCAACAUAGGUACCUUUCAUUAUAUGCAUCCUGAGAGCCCACAUCCCUUUGACUAUAUUGCAUUUCUUCUGCAUGUAUCAACUGCAGACUACUCCCUUCAGUUCUGGCACACUACAAACUCAAGAACUGAGCCAUGCUGACUAUAAGCCUAAAAAACAUUUGCAAGGGAAGCACUAAACAGCACUGCUGGCUAACUGUCAGUGAAAUCAAAUGCAACUGGAAUUCUAGAUUUUCUUUAAGUAUUUAAACUUAGGUAACCAGUACAUAUAGCAGAAUGGGGGAACAAACACCUAUCCUAAACCUUCAGCUCCACCAGAGGAUUGUCUGUCAGCUGUGUUAGACUACAUAAUCUUACAUCUGGCAUCCAGGAUAAAAUUUGUUCUUUAGUAUCACAAAUGAAACUGUAUCCACUCAAACUGAUUGAUGGCACUAACCAUUUCCCAGUUGACUGUUGUGGCUCCAGCAACAUUUAUUUCUCUUCUUCAUAGGUAAUAGAUUUGAGGUCCUUUUGAAGAUGAUCCACUGCAGUAAAUAAAGCCUACAAGGAGCUGCAAACUAACUAGUUCAUGCUAAAACACACCACAGUAAAAUGUUAACUCUAAAGCAAAGCAACAGGAGCAUUAAUGUUCAUUUCUCAUCACAGGCAAUUAUGCAAUAAAUGCAAACACGCAUGUGUUGUUGUACACAACCUCAUGGAGCGCUAUGCCCUUAAUUGAGGAAGAUGCUUUCCCAGCUUUCACUUCUGUUUCUGUAUUCUUUUUCCCACCACUUCAUUUGCCAACUUCAUGAAUCUGAGAGGACAUUCCUUAUUUUGCAAAUCUUUUGCUUAUUACAGCCUCUAGUUUAAAGCACAAGCUUUCUUAGCAAGUGUUUACAAGAUACAGGUUUGUUAGUAUUAAUAAGACAUGACAGAAGGCUCCUAGGUAGAUACAUUUUUACCAUAGCUUUACCUGUGCAAUCUUCCCAGCCUGAAACAGCCCUUCCUAUAUUAUGCAGGCAAAAAGGUGCAGAAAAUUUUCAGUGAAAGAAACUCAGCACAAGCCUGUGCUCAAAAAAGAUCCAAAGUCAAACAGCAGCGUUGCAGAAUAAAACAAAAAACUUCUGUAGGUCUCCAUGGCAUUUCUAAUAGGAGAAUUGAUAAUGGUAGCUUAUUGAAUUACCUACAUUUGCUAGCGAGUUCCUUGCAAGCCAGCAGCACUAUGGAGUGUUUUGGUUCUGGGCCUAAGUCACAGACAAAACCUUAGCAGAGCUAAGACUGUCUCAAGCCUUGCUCUGUAUUAAUAUAUUACUUGGAAUGGGCUGCGCUUUAUGCUAACAUACACAAAUUAAAAAAAAAAAAAAAAAAAAAAAAAAAAGAUUUCUGAGCCUCACUGCAUUCCUAGAAAAGCACCUCACAAACAGUUGGUCCAGAGAAACAAAGCAGGCUCCUCUGUACUGCCUGUGGUCAGAGUGCCAUUCCCUUAAAAACAUACACAAAGUAACAGCAUGCAGACAAACACAACUCAAGGACAUCUUGAGACUUUGUGUAAACAAAGGCUGAGACCCUGCUGGAAAUGAAGGCAAUGAAUGAAUUAAGAUUUAGCCCCACAGUAGAGGUGCCAGUGCAGGAAGCGGUCCUGGCACCCAAGUUAGUUCUUCAGGAGUCAGAUCCUUCAGGCUUUCAUACACGAGACAGCCCAUCGCUUACCUCUUCUGCAACGCGGGGUCUCAGCAGCUGUAUUUCCAGAAAGAGAGUUGACAGCAGGGAAGUAAAUAUGGAUUCUAAACAAUCACAAACACACUUGGUACUAACAGUCUGUGGCACACACAAAGCCCAUGGGAAUGGAGUAAUGGAAGAAACAUGUCACUUUGCCCAUGAGUGAGCUCAUACACAAGACACGAGUUUAAAUACCAUUAAAAACUGAUGAAUUCUCAGGUAGGACUGACGCUAAUAAGACUCCAACUGCAGCCUCAUUAUGAAGUCAAUGAAAUCCAUUCCAGCCUAGCAAUGAAGAAGUGCUAAAUGCAUAAUGGUCAAACUUUUUUUUUUUUCUUUUUUAUUUAAAAUAUCAUUAUAACCAAUUGACAUACUAGAUAACAAUGUAUACAUUCCAGUGGUGCACAUGUAAUGACCUAUGGUAUGAAUGAGUAAAAAAACCACAAUGUUCUCAGUAAUGCCCCACCAACAGCUUACUUGGAGGGAAUAAAGGAAAAGCAGGAAAAGGUAUCAAAUGCGGGGAAGAAA